GAUUCACUGUGAAGCCACUGGUUUUCUCACGGUCAAGGCUGGACCACUGCAAACACAAAUCUUUCCUGCGCACGCGCCGCGCCACCGGUAGUUAGGGUCACUCGACACUCAGACGUUGACCGAAGCGGUCGCAUCUUGUGCAAUAUUACCCAACAUUGUUUACCUCUGACAUUGUAGAGUUGAAGGCGAAUAAUAAAAUUGUCAACAUUGAAAUGAAGGUGUUAGUGGUUUUGUUGCUAUUGUGUGCUGGCGGCGCCUACUCGGACAUGUCUCAGGACUGCGACAUGGCGGCGUUCUACCUCGAGCUGGGUUGCACGCCGUCAGCCGCUGACAACAGCACCUGCCCGCAGGCCUUCACCUGCCCCGACCUGCACCCUGACCCCACCAUGUGCUAUUACAGAGGAGUCGCUUACAAGGACGGCGCGAUGAUCCCCGAGUCGCUCGUCAGGAACCCCUGCUCCAUGUACUGCAGUUGCUCGCUGCGUGACGUCACGCCACAGUUCCAUUGCGUGGCCGUCGACUGCCCAGAGUUCUUCAACUCUGACGAGAAGGAGCAAUGUAUCUACACGUAUCAGCCCAUGGAGUGCUGUCCGACGGCCAAAGUUUGUGGAAAAGACGCGAUCGCUAAUCUGAGCACAUGUGAAGUGGACGGCAAAGUCUAUCUCGAGGGUCAGACCUUCAAGAAAUCGCACAAGACUUGCGUCUGCUCAGCGCAGUGGAACGGUAGUACCGACAACCCCGCCGACUGCCGGGAGGUGAACUGUGGCAUCGAGAUCCACUACCAGGACAAGCUGAUGAACCGCUGUGCGCCGGUGUUCGUCAACGCUCGAUCAUGCCCCUUCACUUUUGAGUGCCAGACGCCCAAGUCCAAAAUCAUCCGUGGCCUGAACGUGCGCGCGGCGGACUCGGAGUGUGUUUUCGGCAACAUGACCCUGGCCAUUGGAGACGAGCUGGUGGCCGACGAGCCCUGCACCAUCUGCACCUGCCAGGUGCCGCCCUUCGUCACGUGCAUCAAGAAGACCGCUUGCGACAACUAGGGGGAGAAGCAGACCGCUUGCAACGACUAGGUCUAUGGCGGCGUUGAUGGCCGAACGGCCACCGCUGGCUAAACUGAGUUAGUUUAGCUUAGCUUGCAUAGUUUAGCCAGUUUUUCAUACAUGUGCGACUUGUGCGUCCACCGCAAACUAUGCACUAUAUAUGAAAAACUGGCUCAAUCAUGCGAGCUAAGCUAAACUAACUUGAACUUACUUAGUUUAGCCUGCGUUGGGCGUUCGGCGAAACUCGUGAUAGAUGAGUCUGUGUAUAAAAUCUACUCAGUGAUGCAAUGUUGGCUGUAGGCUGUAGUAAAGUAAAUAAAUCCGCCUGUUUCUGGUUAUGAAAGUCAUUGUAUAAAUAUUUACUGUAUUUAAAGUAGGUAUGUGCCCAAUCUGAACACCGUUUAUGGGAAAUGGAUUUUAGAAGCUUUUUUACCUGAUGAUCUUUCGGUUUUGAAAAGUUAUGUUCUUCCAUUUUCUACUGACGAUUUUAAUAUCGUUAACUAAGCGGAUAAGUAUUACCUAUUAAACUCAUAAUAAAAAUAAACAAAGCAUGCUGUGAUGGUGAGCUGGACUGACGAUGAUGAGGAAUAUCCUGAAGGAUAGUGAUACGGCUACAUAUACUGUUUCCUUUAAUAUUUAUUUGCUAUAUAAAAAGUUAAAAACAUUAAAAAUAUAUCUUUGUAUUUAGUUAUAAUUAAAUCUAUUUACACUAUGUACACAGCCUUGAUGACCUUUAUAAAUUAAAACUUAAGGAUGUUGCGACUCUUAUCUAUAUUGUACUUAUCGAGACUAGACUUAACUUAGUUUUAUACAAUCUCUUUCAAAUCAAAAGUAGAUAUUUGUAAAUUAAUUACGCUACACUUUGAUCUAUUUAUUACUUACUACUAUUUACUGACAAUGUUUACGUAUAAUUAUGUGUUAAUAUUAUAACAAGCUUUAAUAUGAAGCUUUUUAGAAUUAAAAUUAUAUUUAACUAUUCAACGCAGCUAGUUAGGUACUUACUUAGAAAUAGUAAAAAUAAAUGCAUCCCUUAUCAAUCAUCUUUUUGGUUGCUUACUUAGUCAUAAGUGGUAAAAAACGUAACGUACUUAAUUAAAA